AACGGUAUUUCGUCGCGGCGCGUAACACGCGCUCACACAUACACACACGCAUCCGGUGUUCCUCCUGCGUUUGAGUCCCCGUCUCGGGUCCGUCGUCGUCCUCCCCAGCGGGAGAGGAGCGAUCUUGUGCGCGUGGAGAGCGCGCUUGUCAGUCGACGCGCGACUCGCGAUCGGUUACGUCGUCGUCGUCGUUGCCGAACAUUCGCACGUAGUAAAUGCGAUUGUCGCUCGUACUCGCAAUAUCCUCGUAAUAUUCGCCGCCGGUGUACAUAGUCGCAAGACGAUUUCUUCCUCCAUGACGAUGACCAACGCACACUGGACAUUAUGCGUGAUGUUUGCAGCGGUGGCCAGUGCCAUCAGAGGCUGGGAGGUAGGAAGCGGGCACAGGUACAGACUGACGACGACACUUCUCUUCAGGGAAGCGGUACCGCCGAAAUCCGGAGGCGACGUCGGCUUCAGAUUGACCAGCGAGCUGGACGUCACCGCUGUGUGGCGGGAUCCCGGCGACCCCGAUCUCUUCCUGCUUAAAUUCAAGCUGUCGUCGCCGCAGCUGUGGAUCAAAUCCCGCCGUGCACCGGAGCCGGAGGGCUUCGUCGAGCACUCCUCCAAGGUGGGCGAGACCGCCGAGAAGCCGUUCCUCGUGCUCUGGCGAUACGGCGAUAUCCAAGUCGUGUUCAUGGACGUGGCCGAGAGCGUGUCGUCCAUGAACCUGAAACGCGGCCUGGUCAGUCUCUUCCAGUACCGCACGUUGGACGACGAGUACGUCCGUCAGCGGGACGCGUCCGGCCUCUGCAACGUGACAUACGUGUCCUUGAGACCGCAGACUAUCUAUAAGCAGAAGACCGAUUGCGUGCAGAGCAGCUUGCCGCGGCGCAAGCUCAACCCGAACCCGGUGUUCAACGUGAACCUCGUGAGCACUCGCAACGCCACAUACGUGUUGACGCACUCGCUGUUGCCGGAGCACGUGGUCGACCACGAGACACACAGAAUGGCCUUGACGUCCAAGUCGGACGUCGGCACGACCGUGCUGUCGGAGAGGACGCUGGAGCAGCUGCCGCAGCCGCUGAAGGAGAACGUGAUCCAAGCGGACACCGUGAGACAGGUCACAACGCACCUUCGCCCCCUCGGGUACCGGCAGACGGACAUCGAACUCCAACUGGAACCUACCACGUGUCCCGACGCCGGCUGUCCGACGAUCGACAAAACGAUCGAGAAACACCACGAAGCGCUGACUGUGAACGCGCUCGGCACGGCGAGGUCAGCGUCGGCCUUUCUCAAGCUCCUACCUCUAGUCAAGAACGCCUCGCCCGAGGAGCUGCACAAAAUCCUGAAGACGCCGCGUUACCGGCAAACUCGUAUGCAACUGUUGGACAUUUACGGUUCCGCCUCGACGUUGGCCGCCCACAAGGCGGCCAUGAAGAUCCUGCGACAGGACGAGACGGGCGACGAGACCGAGAGGUACCUCUGGGCCCUGUCUCUGUCGCCGACGCCGCACAUCGACGUCGCCACCGACGUGCUGAAGCGCUCCGAGGAGACGAUGCAGAACGACCACGUGUCCGAGACGUACGCGCUCGCGGCUGGCGCGAUGAUGCGCCACCACGGCUCGCCCUCGGCGAUCGAGAAGGCCAGGGUCAGCCUGGAGCUCGGUCUGAGCGUGUGCACCGGCGACGAGUGCAGGCUUAAGUUCCUGCGAGCGCUGCGCAACCUCAAGAGUCCGAGCGCGGUUCCCACGUUACUGGAAUACGCGCUCAGCGACAAUCGCGCGAUCAGCGUCGCCGCUUGGCGCGCUUUGGCGGCGCUGCCCGGACACAGCGUGAGCGACGAGUUGAAGAACGCCGCCGUGAGGGUGUUCUAUCAGAUCGGGGGGCCGCGGAGGGACAGUAGCGCGCGAACGCUCGCGUUGGACAUCAUCCUGGAGAACGAACCCUCCGAAGAAAUCCUACGCGACCUCGUGGAUUACUUAGGCGGGAAGGACCCGGCGUACGAGGUCCGCAAGUAUCUGAGUCAACGGUUGGAGCAAAUCGGCGAGAAGAACGAGCGGUUCGCCGGCUACCUGAGGCACGCGUACGGUGAUGUGAGAGCGAAUAAUUAUCACACGCGAGCGCAGAGAGGCCUCAGCACCGCCUUCAGCAGGAGCUUCCUGCGCUCGCCCGACAGCAACGGCUCCCUGUUGACCGUGCAGGAGGUGAAUUCCGGGCUGUUGAAGCGCGGUAUCGUGGACGUCGUGCUGGAGACGAACGAGCGGCAGCAGCGGGCGAUGUUCUCGUUGGGCCUCUUCGCCGGUGGCCUCGGCAGUUUCGUCUCCAGCCAAGAAGAGGGAGCCGAAGCGGACGACGAGAUGGCCACCGCCGGGAUGGAGAUAGACAUACUGGGUGUCGGUGUGCGCCCGUUCGUCUUCUUCUCGGGUCAGGGCGAGCUGAUGGGCCACGUGUGGUCGGGGACCGCGUCCGAGAGGACCCCGGCCUUUCAAGUUCUCAGCUCGCUGUACAGCUACAGCGAGCACGUGCCAUUAGGGAGCGGCUUCGUCGCCGAGGUCGACGUGGAGGGCGCCGUGAGCUUCGACUUGGCCGGCCAGAUCCAGCUGAGUCUGUGGUCGCGGAACGCGCACUCCCUCGUGGAGAUGGACGCCGCGGUGAUGAUCCACGGCGGCAGCAAGGUGCGCACCGGCUUCGUCCAGAGCAAGGCGGAGUUCUCGAUGACGAUGGAGCCGAAGCUCGAGCUGUCCACCAAAGUGGACUUCUCCGGGCAGGUGGCUCUGUGCAUGCGGCUCAGCCAGCUGGCGACCACCGUCAAGCACCAGGUGUACAAAAUCGAGCGGAUACCCGGCAGCCGGCACCGGCUGAGGAAAACGCGCCGAUCGAAGAGCCAUUCGCCCGGCAGAUCUUAUUUGCUCAACCGGAAGAACAACGAGAUGUGCGCGAAGGCGUUCAAUUGAUGACGCGGAACCGUGCGCGGAAGGUGUGUCCGGUGAGACGACUCUUCCCGCCGAUGGGGGCGGUGUGACCUUGACCGAGACUCUUAGCAUUCCCCUUUUUUUCCAUUACGCGCGCAUCACCGCGGACUGGAGAGCGCAAGGACGAGCAUGUGUACGGCAGCGUUGUGUUGGUGUUUAUAUAGAUGUAUAAAACGAUAUCUAACGAUACACUUGGGUAUCGCAGCAGCGGGCCGCGCUCGAGUACGUUCCAUUGGUCGGCGAGAUGAAGUGCGAGGAGAACGCUAUAUUCCGGGAAUAAAUGAUCAUCCGACUAGUUUUGGAAGCGGAAGUCUCGCCGUAUCGUAAAGUGCAACUGAGAAACUUCGUCUUCAAUCUUUGCCCGAACGCGGCGCGGCAACACCACCGGCCACGAUAGAUUUAGAAAGGGAAUCUUUUAACGGAUUCGGUAAAUUCGCAUCCUGCCGUCGUUCUCGCCGAUUUUCUCCCCACGAUCUCCGGACGAUAGCGAUUUUUCACUUUGAUCACGACGAACAACGGCAAACGUUCCGCGGGAGCUUGAGAUUAUUUAUUCGUUAAUAAUUCGCGUUUCUCGACCGGAGGACGCGAAGUGUGUUCCAUCCUCCGUCGCGAUCCGUUGUAUCGAUGCCCAGGUGUAUCUCUAUGUUCUAUUUUACA